CUCAGACAUUAAAUUUCAACUUCAGCCCACAGAACAUUAAAUAAAAAAAAUUUUCUCCUGCAUAUUUUGAUAAAAUUCCAAGUGCAAUGAACUUCAAGGACGUCCUGGAGAAUGAGUGUGGCAAUGUGAACCCGUUAAUGCGUCUCGGGAAGCAGAUGACAGCCGAUACAGCGCUCAGAGAUGAAGGAAUUUCGGCUAAUUUUCAUGAAAAAACUUUUCAACCUGAAGGUACUUUUAGAAUGGACAUGCUGCUGAAGGAGAUGCAAGAAAUGGAUAGAAUCGUUCAACAACCAGUUAUGGGACCGAAGGUCAAUGAAGUUAUUCAAGAUACAGUUAAUCCAGUGGCGAUGCCGUUGGAGGCUGGCGCUGAUAGUUCGUUUGCUGAGUUCUGGCAAAAAUCCCUCUCGACGAACUACACAAACGUCUCAAAUAAUGUCUGGAGUGUCAAUGAACUGCCAUCGACAUCAAUGAACCAAUACCGUCCAUACCAGCGACCAGACUACAGUCGAUUCUUUCCAUCAACAUCAGCAGUCGCUCCUCAUCCCGAGACACAAAAGUUUUUCGAUCAACAACAUCAAUCAGAGUCAACGGCAGAUGACUUUUUUAAAGAAGUAGAAGCAAUAACAAAGCAAGACGAGGAAAAAGUCGCAGAAGAUUGGACAGCGACUUUCGAGGAGACGAAGAAAGCAGAAGAAGAAUUUAAUGAGCAAUAUAAUAAAGAAUUUUGGGAUCGUCUACAAGAUGAAUGGAAGAAGUUGUCAUCAGAGGAUAACAGCCAGGAACAUCCAUGGCUUAAUGAUGUUGGUGACUACUAUGAUCCAUAUAAAGAAUAUAAAUUUGAUGAAAAUAAUCCAAUGAUUGAUGUGGAAAAUGCCUUAGAAAAAGGAAAAGCGUUCCUAUCAGCAGGUGACAUCCCGUCUGCUGUGCUAUGCUUCGAGAGUGCCGUGAAGCAGGAACCGGAAAAUGCCGAAGCAUGGAAACUUUUAGGAACGUCACAAGCUGAAAAUGAAAAAGAUCCAAAUGCCAUAGCAGCACUGAAAAAAUCACUGGAAUUGCAGCCAAACAACUUACCUGUGCUGAUAUCCCUCGCCAUUUCCUACACAAAUGAAAGUUAUCAAAGUUUGGCAUUAAAAAUGCUUAAUAAUUGGCUUCGAGCGAAUCCAAAAUACACAAAUUUAGCUCAGCCUGUUAUUGAUGAGGCGUCAGGGAUUGAAGAGAUCACAACAUCGAGGAUAAAAGCAAUGGACCUGCAAGAGACACAAGAUUUGUUUAUUAAAGCAGUGCAUCAAAAUGCAACAACAGGCAAUUUCGAUCCGGAUGUUCAAGAAGCUCUUGGUGUCCUCUUCAAUCUGUCAUCUGAGUACGACAAAGCAGUCGACUGCUUUCAAGCUGCUGUCGAAAUCUCUCCAGAGAAUGCAAAGCUAUGGAACCGACUCGGUGCCAGUUAUGCUAAUGGAAAUCGACCAAUUGAAGCUGUCGGUGCUUACCAGCGUGCACUAGAAAUUGAACCUGGAUUUAUAAGAGCUAGAUACAAUGUUGGUGUUGUUUGCAUCAACUUAAAGUCCUAUAAGGAAGCUGCUGAGCACUUACUAUUGGCACUUAACCAUCAAGCGAGUUCAAAACAAAGAGCUGGAAUUAACAUUGAUAAUAUGAAUAAUCAGAUGUCAGAUACUCUUUGGUCAACGUUGCGUAUGUGCAUCUCACUGGCUGGAAGGCACAAUCUACAAGAUUAUGUUGAUAAGAAAGAUUUAACAGUUUUGAGCAGGGAGUUUGGAAUGGAGACGUAAAAAAUUAACAUGUUUUGUACUGGAAAUUAAGAAA